UAUGAUAGAAUUCGAAAUAGAACCAAGAGGGAAUUCUACCUUCGUCGCUAAAUUCAUCAACAAAAAAAAGAAUGAGGAACAUGACGACGUCGGAGCUCUCUACUACGUUGUUGUUGUUAUUUUGCUAUACGCCUGUUCAAUGAUUAUGAUGAUUGCAUCCCACAUUCGUAAAAAUAAGAUUGAUAGAAAGCUAAAUGUUUAUCUAAAGGAGAUGGCAUUCGUUAGAAAGAGAGAGAGGCAAUUACAACUUUUGAAUACGACGAAUAAAUUAGCUGAAUUUCGAGGGACUGAUGGAAGAGUUGUUAAAAAUGCAAGAGUAGCUUUAUCAGAACCAAACCAGCUUUCAAGUUUUGAAGAUUUAGAUGAACAAACGGAAGAAACAUGCUUUAUAUCGCCUCGCCAACGUGAAAAUAUAGAAAUUCGAACAACAUCAAUUGAUGAAUGUCCUUCGUCAACUGUAGUUUUAGAGUUAAAUGAUGCAGCUUCCGAUACUGAAAUAGACGUUUAUGGGGAAACACCAUAA